UCGGACUUUUAGCUGCGGCAAAGCUGCGGUUGGAGGCGGCAAUUGACCUUCAUCCUCGUCGUUGUACACGACCGCCAUGACAUCCCCGCCCUCGCUCUCUCUCAUGGAACGCACCCAGUCUGAACGUCCCCGACGUCCUACUCGUGACCUUCCUUCUGAGCCCCUCCCUCACAUCUUUCGUGCCCAUACAGAGGGCUCAAUUGGAUCCGCACAAUCAGAUCAACAGACGUUCCUCACCCCUUUGGCGUCCCCCGUUGCCUCCGAUGGAGAAUUUGUAGAAUCGCCAAUUACUGAAGAACCUCCAUCUCUAAACGGUACCGCUCAAGAUCGUAUUGGGAUAGUCACACCUCAGCAUGAUUCUACGACGCUUACACCUCUGCGCGCACAUUAUCUCAAGAAGGAACUUGUGCAGCUCCAAUUCCACAGAGAGUUCAGCGCUCUUAUGACAGUACCCGCAAACAACAUUUCUACACUAUCGUACCUGGGACCGCCUUUUACGCCUCCUCAUAAGGAUGGCCCUCGUCUUGAUCUCCCCUUCCUCCGCUACGUCUUCCGUCAAUUCGUCCUCACCUUUCCAUUUCUAGCCUCCGCACCAAAUGACUUCUUCCCCAACAAACUACAACCCUUCAUAGCUUCUCUAUUGUCACGUAAUCUAUCCCCAACGUCAGUUUUAGACGAUAAUCCCGAGAACUCGGAAGAAGCUGCUAGGUACCGGCUUAUGGCCAAACUGGAACGAAACUUUACCAUGUUACUCACAAGCGGUACUAAACUUAUGGAGAGGGAAGAAGUGGUUCGCUUGACUCAGGCUGAUCUUAGUCGUUUGGAGACUUUGGCCAGGCGAAGGGCAGCGAGAGCAGGCAGCGUCAAGGACACAUUUGAGCUCAAUAUUGUAUGCGUGCGGACCGUGGUGGAGAAAGGACGUGUGAGGAGUCGGGCACACGAAGAAUUCAUUAUACGCACUCGCCGGCAAAAUCACCCGGAUGUAUUCGUCUCGAGACGAUACGGUGAUUUCCGCACACUCGCGAACGAGCUUCGCAAAGCACACCCAUCAGAAGUCGUCCCUCCACCUCCCGCCAAAGACCGCACCUAUGUCAGCCUCCCAGCAGUAUCUCCCCUCCCCUCUGCCGAUUCCUUCCACAGCGGAUAUCGCUCAUCUCCAGGAUCUGCCGCAAAUAGCCCUUUAUCAGGGUCGGCCCCUUACGCAGUUCGUUCUCCAUCCAAGUCACGACACCAGCAUGCCAUGCCAGGAAUGUACCAUUCAGAACAAUCAGAAAGUACGACGAGUUUCGAUUCCAUGCAUACCCCGCCGAGCCCAAUUACUCCCUCGCCGAGUAGUGGUGGAAAUGGAGAACGCUCGCAGAUUGCUUCCAGGUUGACGAGAGAAAAGAAUAGGUUGACCUUGAGGUCGUAUUUGCAUACACUGCUUUCGUCUACGACGUUGGCCUCAUCACCGGUCUUGAGGUCGUUCUUGCUUUCGAACCCCACUAAGUUAACGGAAGCGGAACAGGCAGAUGCGUGGAGAAGAGAAGAAGCGGAUCGAGUACGUGAAGAUGGCCGGAAACGCUUUGCUCACGAGAUUCGCGAACGAGUAGAGGGUUUGCGAGGUGCGGUUCGGAGCGUGAAAGGGGAGCUUCUCGGAAAAGACGGAUUAACGCAUGUGUUCGCUACGAUUAAGCAUACACCAGACGUUCGUGACCUUCCGGGGAACUACCAGGCAGUCUUGGAAUGGGCACGCAUUUCGCUCGCUUCGACGGUCUUUCAGCAUUUUGUAGCUUCUGAUAAUGCAUCAGAGAGCUUUGCGAGCUUGAAACGGAUCCACGGGCUCAUGCCGUAUUUCAUGCUCAAAGCCGCUUUGAAGAUCAGCAAUCCCAUGGCGAUGAUUCGAGGUGUCCUUGACCUCUUUCUCGCACAACCGUUUGGUGGCCGGAGUCUUCUCCAGAGGAUGUUCACGGGAUCCCUCAUGGAGGAAGUGAAAGCCUUGGAAGAAGAUAUCGAAGCUGUGAAAUCCAAGGUGGACGACCCGAUUCUUUGCGAGAAGGUUCGUAUAUUCGUCAAUGCGCCACGGGAGAUCCAGGCGCUCUACAAAGCUGACGCAGCCGCGGAGCAGUGCAACGUUCUCACUGUCGUUCUUCGGUCCGGGGAUCAACCAGCUCUUACACGUAUCCAACUCCAACGAGUCAUGAGAGCGCAUUACGCGCAUCGAGAAUAUGUGAAAUAUACCGAAACCUUGGAUGACUCGGAUGACGAUGAAGGUCCCCAGAACGAUGACGCGUGGUUGUACGAAGACCUGUCUAUCUUGGCAAAGUUGUACUCGAAGCUUCGGGAUCGAGAACAGUUGAUUGCUCUGAUCUUUGAGGGCUCGACGGCGGAGUUAUUGAAGGAUAUCAUCACGAUAUUCUAUGCUCCAUUGGCACAAGUUUAUCGGGCAGCCAGCAUCGCGGAUUCUUUGGCGGAUUUGCAGAACUUUAUCAAUGACCUCAUCCGAACUGUCGAACAGUCCGAAGAACUGAGCCAAGAUGAUCCGGCAUCAACGGUUCAGACCUUUAUCGACCUUAUCCAACGGCAUGAACAAGCAUUCUACAGCUUCGUUCACAAGGUCCAUUCCAAGGGAGAGGGUCUCUUCGAUAGCCUCAUGCGAUGGAUCGAACUCUUCCUGACAUUGAUGCGAGACGGUCUAGGCGAGGCCAUCAGUCUUGAAUUCUUACUUCCAUACACCGGUAAAGAACGAGAAGACGUCCUUCGCGAAGUCGACGAGGUUGCCAGGUAUCAUUACAAGCUGAAAUUAGCCUACGAAGCGAAGGUUCGAAGACGGUUCGGAAGAACCCAAGGUCAGAGUGACGCGGAUGCCGAGGACGAAGCUGUUACCAACAUGGUUAACAAUGUUGUUGCUGAUCUCAGUUUUGGUGAUCUCGUCAAGGGUGAUGCGGAUGACCUUGCGGCGGAGGCGACUGAUGAUGAAGAAACUGAGGGGUCGAGUGGGGAUGGGGAUUCUGAGGGGGAGGAGAGUGAAGGUGAUGACAGUGGUAGCGAAAGUGAUACUACUGAAAGCAGCAGCAGCAGCCAGUCGGGAAGUAGUACGGAGGGGCAGAGUAGAGGGCAGACACCAAUGGCGCGUUCCAAAACGAUCGCUCAUCCCCUUCGUGUCACUCGACAUCCAACAUCACCCUUGGAACGACCGAAACAGUCAAUCGAUUUGCCCGUUAACUAUUCAAGACCUCUUGUUCCUCCCUUACGCCCAUCUCGUUCCUUGAGUAUUCCUUUUGGCAAAGAUUUGCCGCCCAUUCCCUCGUCAUCAAAACCGUUACCGGACAGCCCUUACUCAGUGCGGGAGCUGGAGAAUAGGUUGAGGGAGCCGUCACCGAAAAGACGAAAGAAACCCGAAGGACCUAAGCCUCCAGACUUGAAACAUGUCCCGACGCUGUUACCUUUGUACGUGGAAAUGAUGCGUCCAUUACUUAGACCAACGCCGCUGCAACAAUAGCUGCUACUGCUACUACUGUAUAUACUGAGGGACACUCCCGGAGCUAAGGGCACAUUUGGACCGAGUUACUACUAGUUGUUAAGUGUAUAUCUAUGACUCUGUGAGUUUGUAUUCUUUUUGCGUUUAGAGUAUACAAACGCGUGUGUGCUUCACUGCUUCUAAUGUUUUGUAAUGAUCAUCUCGAACGAUAUCUCGGGGACUUUGUCGGACGUUCUGCGGCGCCGUCUAGGUCAUAGUUCCACCGGUGAAGAACGGCGUAAUGGCGCAUGUUUGCUGUCUGCUGUCUGAAUCGAAGCAUGGAGUCUGGACAUUGACUUACUACAUGUGACAGGCCUCCCGGGCGCGAACGAAGAACAGCAGUCCGUCCGUCUCAUCGCUCUGCAGGGUUCUGUAAUAUGAAGAAAAAAGUCAUUCUAGAGCUGCUUUACUCCAGAGCGUGCUCCAGAGUUUUGUAUUUAGAAAUGCAGUCUCGACUUUGGUCUGGGCGAGCGGGAAGUCGAGACUCUCUCUACUCAGGAGUCCCAAGGGGAGGGGCGGGUUCGAGCAAUUUGGAGCCUUCCUGUUGGCCGCCCUGGCUUAUCGCGCUUAUCGAUGGUCGCGCAGUCUCGACCGGACCGACGAACGCAAAGCGAAUGAAGACGGCCAAGAACG